AUGCGCCCCGCCAUUCUCUCGCUGCCUCUAGCCAGUCUAUCUUAUGCUCUCACAAUCCAACCGCGCUCGGACGGUUUCGCUGACCCAGCAUCCUGGCUUACCAACGUACCGGACACGAAUGGCCUUCACGAACCCAUAAACAUCGUCAUCUCCGCCGACUCCGACGACGAUGUCCUGAACACGAAUCUGACCACCGGAGGCUCCGGUACAUACUUUCAGUCGUUCGGCUACUCCUAUGAAUGCCUGGGCCAACAUGAGGGUAACCAUCAGUCCGCCGAUCUCGGAGACGGCCAGGGUGCAGUAAACGAGACGGCUGUCAUACGAUGGGAUUACGGUGACGUAACAGUGGGCACAUGCAAGGAGACUGUCAACGGCGGUGCGCACUUCCGUUACUGGGUGCAGGAUGGCUCUAAAGCGAAGACUGGAGCGCUAUUCAUCGCGUCAUCCUAUGAGCAACCUGCAUCAGAGGGACACGGCAUCGUGGAGGACGGUUACAACCUUGGGCGAGACUGGUUGAUAGGCAAUGCAACUGCCCAGUCCUCCCUCAUACCCACAGCCGAACUAACAAACGGCGCGUCCUACUCGGGUCAGACGACGGCGAGUAACUACACCUACAGCACCACUGUGCAGUACAUCUCAGGGCUGGCCUCGAACACUUCCGACGGCAUCAAUCACGCUGACACUGUGUCUGUGAAUGGUGCUCCCGCGAACGACGGACUUGUCGCCGUCAUGACCGUCAAGAUCCUCAGUAAACCCAACGUGGAUGCAAGCUCUGCUGGUUCGAGACAUCUCCGUUCUGGCUCAGAACUACUACUGUACACCACAUUCUACACCUUACUGGCGACCGCCGCCGUGGCCCUCAUGAUCUAG